UUGUUUGACUGUUCCAGUUUAGAUGAUAUCUUAGUUGGGGCCCCUCUGUUUAUGGAACGAGAAUUUGAGAGCAAGCCUAAAGAAGUCGGGCAAGUCUACCUGUACCUGCAGGAAAGUGCUUUCCUCUUCCGAGAUCCGCAAAUUCUGACAGGCACUGAAGUGUUCGGUAGAUUUGGCAGUGCAAUCACUCACCUUGGAGAUCUCAAUCAGGAUGGAUAUAAUGACAUUGCCAUUGGUGCACCAUUUGCAGGUGAAGACAGAAGAGGUAAAGUGCUCAUUUACAAUGGAUACAGUAAUGGGUUAAAAACUGACCCUUCCCAGGUUCUCAACGGAGCCUGGGCAUCACAGUCCAUGCCUUCGGGAUUUGGCUUCACUCUAAGAGGAGACUCAGAUGUAGACAAGAAUGAUUACCCAGAUUUAAUUGUAGGCGCGUUUGGAGCUGGAAAAGCAGUUGUUUACAGAGCCAGACCUGUUGUGACUGUGAAUGCUCUGCUCAUUCUGAACCCCAUGAUUGUGAAUCCAGACAACAAGACCUGUCAGCCCCCUGGCUCUCAGCUUUUGGUAGCCUGUUUUACUGUAAGAGUCUGCGCAGCAUUUGAAGGCCAAAGUAUUUCAGAUGAGAUAGUGCUGAACAGCGAAUUGCAAUUAGAUUCAUUGAAACAGAAAGGAGCUGUUAAAAGGACUCUCUUCUUUGAUUACCAUCAGUCAAAUCAUUAUUUCUUCAUUGUGAUGGAAAAACAGAAGAAGCUCUAUUGCCAGGACUUUCUUGUUUAUCUCAGAGAUGAAACAGAAUUUAGAGAUAAAUUAUCUCCUAUCAAUAUAAACUUGAAUUAUAGCUUGGAUGAAUCUCAUUUCAAAGAUAGCAUGAUGGUGAAGCCAAUACUGAAUUAUUACCAGAGAAGCUCAGUAACAGAACAGGCUUACAUUCUGGUAGACUGUGGGGAGGAUAACUUGUGCAUUCCUGACUUGCACCUUUCUGCUGUGCCAGAUAAAGAUCAGCUAAUAAUUGGAGAAGAAAACUGUGUCAUGCUCAUAAUAAAUCCAAGGAAUGAUGGGGAAGGAGCCUAUGAAGCUGAGCUGCAUAUAAAGAUUCCACCUGAAGCAGAUUACACUGGGGUUGAACGCAACAGCAAGGCACUGCGUGUGUUGAGCUGUGAUUACAAGAUGGAAAAUGAAACCAGAAUGGUGGUUUGUGAUCUUGGGAACCCCAUGGUGGCUGGCGCAAAUUUCUCUACAGGUAUCCGAUUUUCUGUUCAGCAUUUUGAGAAUUCAGAUUUCAGCAUCAAUUUUGAGCUGCAAAUAAAAAGUUCUAAUAAGGUUAAUUCCACCAGCAAUUUAGUUAACCUUCAUAUCAACAUCACUGCUGCGGCUCAGGUGCAGGUCAGAGGGUAAGUAUUCCACCAUUUCAAUUC